AUAAAUAUAUAUCGAAGAGAAAAAAAUGAAGGUGUUGAAGAGAGAUGAGAGGAUGUUACUAAUAACCCUAAUCAUUUUCUUGUUGGCAUCAUCAUCAUCAUCAAUGGUUCGUCAAGAUUUUGCAGUGUUUGGAGUCGAGAGAGAAGAAGUCUUAACCGGAGGAACCAAUCUAAAACAGAAGAAGGUGCAGCAAACUCAUCUUCCUUUGUUUCAGAUUAAGAGAAGAAUUCCCACUGGUCCUAACCCAUUACAUAACUUUAGAGCUUCUCCUCCGAGUCCUUCUAAGUUCUAAUAUUUUUGGCAUUGAGAAAUCAUAAAGCACCAAUCAUAAAUCAAUUUAGAUUUCUCAUAUUUUAUGUAAAACGUCAUUGGUUAAUUUAUAUUUUAAUGUAUUAAAAUUCUCCAUG